UAUUAUCAUUUGUCUCUAUAUAAAGCUGAGCCAGAUAAAUUGUUUGCUCGCCUCAGGCUUUCUUUUCAUUCUUUCUUUCACAAGCGUAAGCCUUAAAACUCUUGUUCCUUCUCUACUCGACCUCUCUGUCUCUCUCUUUUUUCUCUUAUCUUAUUCCUUCUCAAUCACUCCUUUUUCUUUAUAUAUUUUUCUCUUUUUAUUUUGGGGUUUCUUUCAGAGAAGAGUUUCACCAGAUUCUUCGUUCAGAAAAAGUAGCUCCUCGGUUUAUCAAGUUCACGUAAACGAGGCUUGUCAACUAUUUGGGAUGCCAAUUUUCGGCACUUCUUCCAAAAGAGGUUCCAAUUGGACAAUUCAAACUUGAAGCAGCCAAAUAAAGAAAUUCAACGACAUUGAGAUAUCCAUUAUGGACUGUCAAUAUGAUAUGAUAUGAUUUUGGCAGCAGAUGGCCAUUGAGCAGUACAUUGAAGAAGCCGUAGCUCAUAACCAUUUAAGUGGAGAAGGUAAAAAUCCCUCGGAGAAGUGGAAGAAUUCACCAGACGCAGUCCCAGGUUCUGAUGCUAAUCCCUCCGGAGGUUUUGACUGCAACAUCUGCCUGGACUCUGUGCAGGAUCCAGUUGUCACACUAUGCGGUCAUCUGUAUUGCUGGCCCUGCAUUUACAAAUGGCUUCAUUUUCAGACCAUCUCUGCUGAAGACCAAGACCAAAAACAACAGCAAUGUCCUGUAUGCAAAGCUGAAGUUUCGGAUACCACACUGAUUCCACUUUAUGGCAGGGGCCUAACAACUCAGGCACCAAGAUGCAGGACUCCCCAAUUUGGUAUGGUCAUACCAAAGAGGCCUCUUGGUCCUACUUGUGGUGUUGGCACAAUAAGAUCACCUAAUACUACCAAUAGUCAGCAGUUUCCACAGCAAUUACAUCACCAAGGUUAUUCAUAUCAACCACAAAUCUACUACCCUCAACAGGGCGCUUAUCCAGCUUCACCCAUGCUUAGUCCUGGUGGCAUGACGAUAAAUGUACUUGAUCCAGUAACCCGAAUGUUUGGUGAAAUGGUAUACGCAAGAGUAUUUGGGAACUCGAUUACCAGCUUAUAUACAUAUCCAAAUUCAUACAAUCUUGCAGGAAGCACUAGUCCUAGGAUCAGAAGGCACAUUCUGCAAGCCGAUCAGUCACUCAGCAGAAUAAAUUUUUUCCUCAUUUGUUGCAUGCUCCUCUGUCUUCUUUUGUUCUGAUCUUUAUUCUCGACUUCCGUUCCCAUUUUAUACCUGUAUGGAAGCUAAAAAAUAUAUAUAUAUAUAUAUUUAUAUACAAAUUCAGCCGGAUGUACCAUACGAUAUGAGAUGUAUCUCCUGUGCUGCGAUAUAGCAUUUAUGUAAUUAUGAGUUCUGUGCACCUCUUGUUCUACGAUGUAGUACGGAGUUAUGGUUCCAUCUUAAAAAUCAAUCAUCUCGUGAUGUUUUGGCUAGUAGAUAACUGUAUGGAUAUUCAACAAAAAUGUCUUGUACAGUCUGUCGUUGGGAUAUGUUUUACAUAUGAGUAAAAAAUUGUAUCAUUAAAAAAUUUGAAUAAGAUGUUUUAUAUAUGCAUGAAAGAUUCAAUAAUUUAAUAGCUUAAGCUUUUGGGCUUAAGCGAUGUUCAAACA